AUGUCGAAUCGGCCUGAGCUGCUCGCGCCGCCGGAGAUAUUCUAUGACGAAACCGAAGCUCGGAAGUAUACUUCUUCAUCACGUAUCGUGGAAAUUCAGGCGAAGUUGUCAGAGAGAGCUUUGGAGCUUCUUGCUUUGCCCGAUGAUGGAGUUCCUAGAUUCUUACUCGACAUUGGUUGUGGAUCUGGCCUGAGCGGGGAAACACUCUCUGAAAACGGGCACCACUGGAUUGGUCUUGAUAUUUCAGCCUCAAUGCUUAACGUUGCUGUGGAACGAGAAGUUGAGGGUGAUCUUUUACUUGGUGACAUGGGGCAGGGCUUAGGUCUUCGUCCAGGAGUUAUAGAUGGAGCCAUCAGUAUUUCGGCUGUUCAGUGGUUAUGCAAUGCAGACAAGUCAUCGCAUGAACCUCGUUUGAGGCUAAAGGCUUUCUUUGGGUCACUAUACCGAUGCUUAUCAAGAGGAGCAAGGGCAGUUUUCCAAGUGUACCCUGAGAAUAUUGCUCAGCGUGAAUUGAUUCUUCGGCAGGCCUUACAAGCUGGAUUUGGUGGUGGACUUGUUGUUGACUAUCCGCACAGUACUAAGAAAAGAAAAGAGUUCUUGGUCCUCGCAUGUGGUUCUGUUCCAACAAGUAUUAAUGAUGGGUAUAAAGAGAGUUGCUCAGAGGAUGACGAUAGCGAAGACGAAGAGAAUGGAAUGGUUAAUGUAUCUGAUAGGAAUAGUAGGCCAAGAAAAAGGCAGAAACCGAACAAGAAAGGGAAAGGAAGGGAAUGGAUAUUGAAGAAGAAAGAGCAAAGUCGAAGAAAAGGAAACGAUGUUCCUGCUGAUUCCAAGUAUACCGGCAGAAAACGCAAGUCGCGUUUCUAA